GCACACCAAAUGUUUGUGUGUGUGGGUGGGGGGGUCACGAAGCGUCGCACCAAUCGCUCGCUUCGCCCGGCCGUCAAAUCGCAUCCGCAUUGAGCAACGCGAAAGUUGUUCCACACCCCUCUCUCUCAUCAUCCCUCCUGCUCCUCCUCCUCCUUCUUCCUCGGCGAUGUACAUUUGUGUAAAUGCAGCGAACCCACCCACAAGCAACGUUCAAAUGCAGUGAGCGCGCUGCGCCGUUUUGUCAGCGUUUGAAUUCGGUUGUAGUUCUGCAUUGUCCACGUCGGUGUGCGUUGUUGUUGUUGAAAGUGACCGUCCAGGGUAGAGAGGCAUGCAAUGGGGCACGAGUUAACCGUAAAUAUUUUGGGACGCCGAGGAGGAAUGUCGAUGGGGAGGAGGAUGACGGUGGUGGUGGUGGCGGCGAUGGCACUGAUUAUGAGAAUGGCUCUCGUCCUUUGAACUUUCUGCUUUGCGUUUGCCGUCAAAUCCCGAGGUGGGUGUUAAGCAACGUUCGACUCAACACAAGCGUCGUCUUCCACCGUCGACAUUGCACACCAGAUCGUCGCUCCUUCGUCCGCUGUGCACGAGGCGAGCUUUGUGAUCCUGGGCCCCCAAGUUGCGCCUCUGGCCACGUGUGGUCGUCACCUGUGCACGCUACUGUAAAGACGCGUCGCUCGUGACUGCUGCGAGCGAGUUGAAGCUCUCUCUCUCUCUGUCUCUCUCUGCUUUUGUUUAAAACAAAAACAACUGGUGGUGGUGGAGGAGGAAGAAGAAGAGAGGAAUCGGGGAACAUCUCCGUCGACGAAGUUGAAGCAACAGGCGACUCGUGAGCUCGUUUAGCCGCUCGAGGGAGGUAGAGACGCAGCCUUGCAACUGCGAGCUCCCGGGCCCCUGAGGUCGGAAGGUAACUCCAUCACCACAACAACCACAACAACAACCACAACAGCAACAACAACCACAACAACAACCACCACAGCAACAACAACCACAACAACAACCACCACCACAGCAGGACGCGUCUGCUCGUUCCCGAGGGAGCUUCUCAAAGCCGCCUUGUGCAAGAGGGUUACUGUACCCAUUCUAGCACUGCAACAACAACAACAACCACUGCAACAACAACUGCAACAACAACCACUGCAACAACAACCACUGCAACAACAACCACUGCAACAACAACCACAACAACAACUACUGCAACAACAACGGAACAGCGGCUGCUUCGUCGUCAAAACGUCGGCACGACGCGCGAUGGACGACGCCGAAGAGUCGCUCGCGAGGCGCCCCUCGGGCCCUUCACGGCCGAGCCGGCAGCUGCGGGUGGCCUACGUGGACACGGCCCCCUCGGCAGUGGCCGCCUCGCUCCUGUCGGCCGCGGACUACGCGGGCACGGCCGACCGGAGGGAGUCGGCCACCUCGGGCGAGGGGGCCGCGGGUUUGACUCCUGGCGCGGGCGCUGCGAGCGGAGAGGCGGCGGCGGCGGGGCUGCUGUGCCUGGUGGCGGCCUGCGAGGCGAUCGGCGGGUGGCUGGAGGCCGUCCCCUUCGGGAGCCUCGACUUCGGGGAGGCGGCCGUGCUGGACGCCUUCUACAACGCAGAUGUGGCCGUGGUGGAAAUGAGUGACUUCUUCCACCAGCCCUCGCUGCUCUACCACCUGGGAGUCCGCGAGAGCUUCGACAUGACCAACAACAUCGUUCUGUACAGCGGCUCCGACCCCGACACUCUCAAGGCGUCGUGCGGGAACUGCACGUUCGUGCCGUACUCGGCGGCGACGGCGCACGGCGUGGCGGUGACGCCGGUGCUGGGCGACCAGGAGGGGGGCGCCCUGCGUCGCACCUCGCUCGCCCUGCACCACCUCAACUGGGACCCGGGCCUCGGGGCGCUGUGCGUGCCGCUCGCAGACCGCCUCCAGCAGAUCCUGCAGGACGUGCAGGUCACCAGCAGCGUCCUCUGCAAGGACGCGAUCCUGGGUGACAUCCGCCGGGCCCGCGGCAAGUACCAGGGGGAGGAGCUGGCACGGGAGCUGGCGCACAUCCGCUCGCGCCUCGACACCACCGAGUUGCUGAGCCCCGACAUCGUCAUCAACCUGCUGCUCUCCUACCGCGACCUGCAGGACUACGACUCGAUGGUGAAGCUGGUGGAGACCCUGGACGCUCUGCCCACCUGCGACCUGGCCAACCAGAACAACAUCAAGUUCCACUACGCGUUCGCCCUCAACAGACGCGGGAGCGUGGGCGACCGCGGGAAAGCGCUGUCGGUGAUGCGUCAGGUGGUGGAGGGCUGUGAGCAGCCCCCCUCCGACAUGCUGUGCCUCUGCGGUCGCAUCUACAAGGACAAGUUCAUGGACUCGGGCUGCAGCGACACGGAGAGCCGCGACAGCGCCCUCGAGUGGUAUCGGAAGGCGUUUGACGUGGAGCCGAGCCUCUACUCCGGGAUUCAUUUGGCGUCUCUGCUCAUCGCGUCCGGACAAGACUUUGAGGGCUCCCCGGAGCUACGCAAGAUAGGCAUGAAGCUGAACUCGCUGCUGGGCCGCAAGGGCAGCCUGGAGAAGCUGUCCAGCUACUGGGACGUGGGCCUCUUCAUGGCCGUGAGCCUCCUGGCCGGAGAUCACGCCAAGGCCACGCAGGCGGCCGAGAAGCUCUACCGCCUGCACCCCCCGCCCUGGUACGUGCGCUCCGUGGUGCAGAACGGACAGCUGAUCCUGCAGCACAUGCUGAGGGGCGUGGGUACCAAGGCGGUGGCCCUGCAGAGCCGCCUCGACUUCUGGAUCGAGUUCAUGAACACGGCCGGAUCGCUGGGCCAGAGCAGCACCCUGCGCUUCCCGGUGCUGAUCUUUGAGAGCUCCAAGGUGUACCAGCCGUCGUACGUGUCUGUGAACGGUGAAGCGGAAGAGAAGUCCUUCUCCCUCUGGCACGUUGAGCCCCGCGACCUGAAGAAAAUUCACGAGUGGAACUUCAAAGCCGCUGACAUCCGCGGUGUUAGCAUCUCCAAGUGCGACGAGCGCUGCUGCUUCCUCUACGUCUCCGGCAACUCGGACGACUUCCAAAUUUGCUUCUCGUCCGAGUCGCAAGCCAAGAGGUUCCACGAUCUGGCCAAGGCGGUGAUGGAAGAGCGCGGCUUGGAGCUGGAGGCCGAGGUGGACUGCGGCGUGCUGGAGUGGGACUACGACUACAAUGAGAACGAAGAGAAGGUGGUGCUGGGCCGGGGCACGUUCGGGACGGUGUACGCCGGCCGGGACCUCAGCAACCAGGUCCGCAUCGCCAUCAAGGAGGUCCCUGAGAAGGACCACCGCUACUCGCAGCCGCUGCACGAGGAGAUCGCUCUGCACAAGCACCUGAAGCACCGCAACAUCGUGCGGUACCUCGGCUCGGUCAGCGAAGGGGGCUUCUUCAAAAUCUUCAUGGAGCAGGUUCCCGGAGGAAGCCUCUCUGCUCUGCUGCGGUCCAAGUGGGGACCCCUGAAGGACAACGAGACCACCAUCGCCUUCUACACCAAGCAGAUCCUUGAGGGCCUCCAGUACCUUCACGAGAACCAGAUCGUGCACAGGGACAUCAAGGGGGACAAUGUCCUCAUCAACACGUACAGCGGAGUGCUCAAGAUAUCGGACUUUGGUACCAGCAAGAGGCUGGCAGGGCUCAAUCCAUCGACAGAGACGUUCACAGGAACCCUGCAGUACAUGGCUCCGGAGAUCAUCGACAGGGGCCCACGUGGUUACGGCAAACCCGCCGACAUCUGGUCCCUGGGCUGUACCAUCAUCGAGAUGGCCACGGGGAAACCCCCGUUCUACGAGCUGGGAGAGCCCCAGGCAGCUAUGUUCAAGGUUGGGAUGUUCAAGAUCCAUCCGGAGAUCCCCGAGUCGAUGUCAGAAGACGCCCGCGCCUUCAUCCUGCGCUGCUUCCAGCCGGAGCCGGACUCUCGCGCCGCGGCCGACGAGCUGCUCGCCGACGCGUUCCUUCGCUCGCCGGCGGGGGGUGGUGGGAGGGCGCGCAGGAGCAAGGGGCAGAGUCGCCAGGGGCCAGACUACGGCCGCAGCGUGUCGGUGCCUGUGGCGAUCCACGUGGACACGAGCAGCACGGGCAGUGAGAGGGGCUCCUCCUCGUCCGAGUCGGAGUCGCGCACCGACCCCCUGGUGGGCCCGCGGCGCCUCAACAACAACAACAACAACCCUCGGGCUCGCAGCCCGCUCUUCCUGGGACUCCCCGAGGAUUCGUCGCCGUCGUACGACCACAGCGCGCCCCCCUCCCCCGAGGAGCGCGACCCGGGCCUCUUCCUGCUGCGCAAGGACAGCGAGCGGCGGGCGACGCUGCACCGCAUCCUCACCGCCGAGCAGGAGCUCGUGGCGGCCAACCUGCGGGACAUCCUCGUCGCGCAGGGCGCGGAGGAGCCGCGGCUGACGGCGCAGCACGUGUCCCAGCUGAUGGCGUGCCUGCGCGAGUACAUGCGCUCGCCCGACCGCAAGGCCGUGGCGAGCGCCAUCUCGGCGCUCAAGCUGGAGCUGGACUUUGACAGCGUCGCCAUCAACCAGCUGCAGGUGGUGCUGUUCGGCUUCCAGGACGCGGUAAACCGCGUGCUGAAAACCCACAACAUCAAGCCCCACUGGAUGUUUGCCCUGGACAGCCUCAUUCGGAGAGCAGUACAAGUAGCAAUCACCACCCUCAUACCAGAACUUCAGUCGCACUUCGGCCCGGUGGCCGAGGACGAGCGGGAACUCCGCGGCAAGCCCGGCCGCGCCGGCACCGCCGCCGACGGAGAGGUGGACGACGAGGACGACGAGGACGAGGACGAGGACGACGACCGCGGCGGCGGCGGCGUCGGGAGAGGGCGGCGCGUCGAGAACGGCGAGGGGGGCGGCGGCAGUCACCACGGAAUCCAGCUGCUGCUGCCGCCCCCCGCCGCCGACGAAGGUCACGUGACCUCGGGCGUGAGCACCCUGAGCUCCACGCUGUCCCACGAUGCUUUGCGGCAGAGCCAGGUGCUGAGUGUGCAGCUGGGACGGCUCAAGAUUGAGAACAGCAGGUUGCUGGAGGAGCUCAUCGACAAGGAGCGCGAGUACCAGACGCUGCUGCAGCUCUCCAUCCAGCAGAGGUCCACCGACAUCGAGAUGCUCCGUACGACCAGCAAGCCAAUCGACAUCCCAAACGAGCGGCCACGUUAUUACGUGACCAAUUACGGCCAAUCAGAAGACCCGGAGCUGGUCAGCUGGCUCAGGGAUCAGGGUGUCUCCCAAAGUGCCAUCGAUAAGUUUGUAGAGGAAGAUUACUCACUGCAGGACAUUUUGGGCUUUGUGAGCAGAGAGGAUCUCAAAGCUCUCCAGUUAAGAGGUGGAACCCUGUGCCGAAUAUGGACCGCUAUCCUGGAGCACAGACAGACCAAGCACGCCAAGUGAAGUCCGCAUGGCACAUCACGAAACGUCUUGUGCAAGUAACUUGCCAAACUUUAAGACACGCCUCUCCGUCUCGAGGCCAAUGAAAUGGUAAAAAAAAAAUACGACUUCUUAAAGUAAUCGUCAUCUGUUUCUCUCUCUUGGGGACUCACAAGCCGCCGUUUUCCACGGGCGCAUCAAAGCCUGAGCCAGAAGAGGACCGUCGUGGUACAGGUGUUUGUUUUUUCCCACUCGCCGUUUGGCGUGCCAAGCCAGAACCAAGCCGCGGAUGCGCGGGCCUCACGGAAAGACACCAGGGGUCCGACUCGGCCUUAAUUGUGUCGCUCGUGCCCUGUGUAGACGUCACUAUCGGGGGGAGAGACAAACGUGGUCAGGUGUUCAGUACAGUACUGGUCACGUCGCUCCCGUGCCAUGCCUACACGUGUCCGUGCGUGCGUGCCCCGCAACACAAAGAACUAAGCAGCCAAUCACACGUGCCAAAUGUGUCGCCUGCUCACCCGAUUGGUUAGCUCCGACAGGCGGAGGGGGGGGGCUUAUCGAGCAAAUACGUCUUAGACCAAGGGCACAUCCGCGAUUGUUUCGCGUGGAUUUUUCUCCGGGUUUUUCCCUUCCACAUUUAAGAAUCAACAUCGCGGCGUCGAGAGUAUUCGGCUGCUACUGCUGCUGCGGCUAUACAUUUCCACGUGGAUGAUAAGCCACUCCGUUGAGCUCUCCUUCGCGACGGCAAUGUCGCUUUGGAAUAAAGAUCCACGUAGCAGCUCAGUGGGGGGCUUUUACUUUGUUUAAAAAAAUAUAUAGUUUAGUUUGGUUUCCUCGCGGGUGGGUACUGCACUACCGGAGGGGUGCUCUGUGGGUAACGUCUGCCGCACGGGCCCACCGGGUGACGAAAACUGUUUGAGAAAAUGAGCACCCACAGGUUCCUGUGGUGCUGGAUUUUGCCAUCGCUGUUUGUAUGGUGGUUGCUCUCGUUGCUGUGCUUUUUGUUUUCAUAGUAGAGGUUAGAGCGCGUGAAUCUAAACGUGUCCAUUAUGAACGUUUUUGGGUUAGAUCGCUAUAAGUAUGAAUGUGUCGUAACCCUCCACCACGCGACGCAGCCAGUAAGGUUUGUCACGUAAACAAAACGCCCACCGGUGUAUUGUAGAGUAAAUCCACGACAUUUACAUUUCGAGUAAGACGUUUCGCUCAUAAUUACAUCCAGCAUCAUCGGGCGAUUUGCCAGAAUAGUGAAGCAAUCCACGAGUUUGCGGUCUUUAAUAGAGCAAUGUCACGUCAUCAAUGAUCCAAUCAGGUGCGGAGAGCAGGCGGGGGGGGGGGGGGGUGUAAUUAUAUAACAAUAGAUUGUUCUUUU